AUGGGCUACAACAUCAGUGACAUCCAACAACUCAUAUAUUACAUCAAGAAGAGAGUAACAGAACAUCAGGAAGGACAAGUGAAAUAUGAGUUCAAGAAGGAAUUCUUUAUUGAUUUGGUUCUUUCCAUCUGUAAGAAAUCAAACAAGAUGAUCACCGACCAACACAUACAUUUCAAGGAAGCAAUAUAUGUUGAGAAGAGAGAAGAGUACUAUAGUAUUUUCCAGAAUUACUGUCAUGGAGCAACAUCAGUUGCCAUUUUUGGUGAGCUCAUCUGUCAAAAACUGAAAGAGCCCAUUGAGCAGAGUGUCUACAAGAAGACUGCCAGAGAUCUGACGGAUGAAAUGAGAUCAAACUGUGAAUCACUGAAUGGAAACAGAUCAAAUCUGGACAAACACAUCCUGAAGGCACUGGCAGAAGAGGAGGAUUUUGACAAAUAUAUGAACUACAUUCAUAAUCCCAGAGUCCACUUCAAGAGUUUCAUCAGAGAUGAAGUCAGUCGGUACAUCACUGAUAAGUUCAGUGUCAGUGUUUUACCCAAGAUGAAGGAGAACAUUAAACUCCUGCAGCAGAAGAUCAUGAAAGCAGCACAUGUAUCCACUGAACAUGUUCAAGUCAACAGAGGAGAUGCUGGUUUGUGGUUGAAGAGUUUCACACAACAGCUCUCAGAUGAGCUGAUCUUCUCUGAAAAAGACCUCAGUGGAGUCAAACAUGAUGAUGUUGAUGAUUUCAACCUCCUAAAAGAUGUGUUGAGAAACAAACUUCCUGCUAUAAUAUCUGAUAUCAGCAGUAGAUUUAACACAGAGACAUUUCCAGUAAAGUUAGACUGUAAGGACAGACCAGAUGAGCUUCUGACUGAUCACUUCUGUCAGUGUUGUUGGGUUCAGUGUCCAUUCUGUGGCGCCAUCUGCACCAACACCAUAGAAAACCAUGAUGGAGAUCACAGUGUUCCUUUCCAUCGUAGUAUUGGUCUGAAUGGAAUAUAUACAUCGAACUUGUCUACUCAUAUCUGCACAUCAGCAGUAGCAAGCAGCAAUCUAUAUUUUUAUCCCAAUGACUCAGAUAAUAAAGUUCUCUGGAGAGAUUACAGAAGAGCAGGAGGAGUUUAUGCAGACUGGAGCAUCACCCCUGAUCUCUCUGUACUGCCCUACUGGAAGUGGUUUGUGUGCAGAUUCCAGAAAGAUCUGGAAAAAUACUACAAAAAAUUUGAGGGUUAUGUUGAGAUACCAGAUGAAUGGAGAAAAUACUCAAAACAGGAAGCUAUUGAAAGUCUGAAUAAAUACCUUUAA